AUGCUUCUGAGAGUAGCAAGUUUGCCUCUCAUCGGACUAAGGCACCUGGAUAAUGUCACUCGGUGUCCUUUGCCAGACCUUACUUCUGGAUCAAAGGGGGACUUGUCUGCUCUUUGGGAUACACCGUCGGACACCCUGGCCGCUGGCCUUUCGCAUCUUUUGUCACUUAGCCUUCGAAUACGCAUGCCCUUGGGGUCUCGGAAUCACUUAUACGUUUCUUUUUCCUAUUUUCAAACUGGUUGGGUGGAUUACUGCAUUUCUAGUCUUUCUCUGUUUGCUCGGCUCUUUGGAAAGCCCUGGAUGAAUGAUGUCGCUUUUAUGUUUCGCACAAAUACUCAUGGCGCAGGUUGGGUCGACGGAUCACUUGAUCGUCGGCGGUGGUUGUUCUUUUGA